AUGGAAAUAUCUAUAGAAGAAGAACUCUUGGCGCGCAUGAAUGAAAGUACAUAUAUAUUUACAAGAUUGCGUCAUCGAAGCAUUGAAAAAACAAAGAAUGGUGUUUAUGGCUUUUAAAUAACCUAGGGACUUUAUUAUAAAUUAAGGAUUUUUCUAUUAAAAAGAGAAGGAGAAGACAAAAUAUUUGAUAUUGUAUUUGUAGAUUCAUUUUUUUAAGAAUAAAAAGCAAAGGACAAGAUGCAUGAACUUUAAUAAAAAUAUCUAAAUUAACAAAUAUGAUUAUUUAAGUUCAUUCCUUUAUAAAUUAUUAUAAAUCUCAUUUUUUUAAGUAAAUUUUGUAAUAUAAUGUAAAAUUAUAUUGAUUGAUAUGAGCAAUUAAAAAAUGAAUAACACUAAUUAAUUUAAAAAUUAAAAUUUUACCGUUCACAUGUAUGAAAUGAGAAGACCAUUAUCCGAAAAGAAUUUGGGAAGGUAUAUCCCAGAACAAUCGAGGCCUAGUUCGGUUAACUAAAUAAAAUAAUUAACACAGAUGAAGAGUUCAACUCAAUUGAGCAAAUAACAUUUUUAGUAUAAGGAUCAGAAGGAGAACAUGGAAAUCAGAUCCAAUCAAUAAGAUACUAUUAAUCAGAAACCAAACACGAAAGAGAUCUUUGAGUAUGGAAAAUUAUAAGACAAGUUGUCAUAUUUAGAAUAGAAGAUCAUUAAUAUCAAAUCUCAUAUCGAUAAUAGUUAGAGACAAACUUAGCAAGGUUUGGCGUCCAGAUUUUUUAAUACUAAAACUACUGAGCAAUAAUAACAAUAAUAGCAGAACAUUAAUAAACCAAAAAUCAGUAAAAAUGAUCUUGAUUUAAACUAAAUGCAAAAUAAAUAAAAAUCAAGCACUUUAGUACAUGAUCCAAGAGCAAUAUCAAAUGACAAUCUCAAUAAGAAGCCAUCCCUUUCAACCUUUGUAACUUAAUAGAAAACAAGCGCUGAAACGAACAUCUAAAAGAUAAUCUAAAUUCAUCCUGAAUCAGCUAAGGGAUUGAGUUAGAGGAUAGCAUUUUCAAACAAUUACAGAGAAAGAUCAACGAGGUCUGAAACUCAAUUUCUAUAUUAUAUUUCAUCUGUGAUUAGGUGUUAUAUGACACCAGAAAUCACGAAACCAAUAUAAUAGGUGAGGGAACAUUUACUUUAAUCAAUAUCAGCUGCUCAGUAUUCAAAGAUGAUGAAUUCUUAGUAGUAUGAGGAGAAGAGAGUAAACCUGCCUUCGAUUUCAUUAAAAAAAACUAUAGUUUUUGAUUUAGAUGAAACUUUAAUUCAUUGCAAUGAGUCAGUAAAAGUGCCAGGAGAUGUCAUUUUACCUAUAAGAUUUCCCACAGGAGAAGUGAUUGAAGUAUCAUAUUGGUUUGAAUUAGGCAUCCAUUAACAUAAGACCUUAUGCGCAAUAAGUUUUAUAGACUUUGAGUCGACAUUUUGAAUUGAUUGUAUUUACUGCUUCACAUUCUUGUUAUGCAAAUGUUGUGAUUGAUUAUUUGGAUCCAACAAAAUAAUGGAUAUCGCAUCGAUUCUUCAGAGAGAGUUGUGUAUAGACUGAAGAAGGAGCUUAUGUUAAGGAUCUAAGGUAUUCAGUGAUUGUUUUUGGUUAGAGUCAUUGGAAAUAGACAGUUAUCGGAUCUGGUACUAGUAGAUAAUGCUGCAUAUUCAUUUUGUUUGUAGCAAUUAAAUGGUAUUCCGAUCCUGAAUUUCUAUGAUAAUAAAUCUGAUUAAGUAUGAGAUAUUAUGGAGUAUUCAUAGGAAUUACUUUAUUUACAAAAUUACCUAAUGGCUAUGAAGUAUGCAAAGGAUGUGAGAUAGUUUAAUUAACAGUAUCUGAAACUAGAUAGAUUUGGAGAGUUCAAAGAUCCAAUUUAGUUAUUAGAGACCUUGUUCAAAGAGUAUAUACCAUGA